CCACAGCGCGCGUCAAUUCACCUCGAAAAGAUGGGCUGGACGUUGCUUGUGUCAGAGGCCACGGGAUCGAAAACAUCGCCGCUCCCGAACAACGCUACCGCAUACAUCGUGCUAUCUUUGGAUUCUGCUUACGCAGAAGUUGUGCUUGAAAAGGACCCAAGGGUGGUGCAAACAGAGCUUGGCCGAAUCGCUGUCGGGCCUUGGGGCGUGAAGCUCGAAGCUACUGAUGAUACGUUCAACAUCUUACCUGGCCAAAAUGGCCUGGCUGUUUCUGCAGCGGUUGACCCACGCAUCCAGAAAUAUGAAUUGAAACCACGCGCCGAUGGCCACUCAGAAGCUAUUUUCCUGCGCCAUGGAGACAUUUUCACGCCUUCCAAGUCUAAAAGUAGUCUCACUUGCAAUUGGGACCUAUCCGAGGUACUUGUCGACUCUUCAGCUGUGGUGACAGAGACUGCGAUUCCUAACAAGGCCUGGACCGUUGUCGCCGAGGCUUCUGAAGAAGUCACAGAUGACGAAGAGGAGGAUCUUAACAAGACUCUCCCCGCCAUAUCGAGGUCUACACCCAAUCUUUCUCAUCAAACCUCUAUCAUCGUGCAGGAGACCCCAACGGCAGCUCGCAUCAGCGGUCAAACCGAAUACUCACCAGCUCCUGAAAUAGAGAAAGGCCAUAGCGAAGCUGUGGAGAACACGCCACCCUUGGCUGAAGAGCCUAACGUUGAAUCCUUUUCAACCGCCCGCUCUGGACAGUCGGAGAGUGGUGAGGCAGAUGUGACGAACAUAGAUGCCAUUUCAGAUGAGGUUCAGGCGAAGAGCCCAGCUACAACCAAAAAGCGCCACAGCCCUAUGGUUAGUGAGCGUGAGUUGGAAGAAGAUAUACCAGUCCGAGCUAGCAAGCGUGCAAAGAAUGCGCCUUCUAGUGACCACGAUACCCAAGAUAGCCGACUGAGUAGUAUUGACGUGGAUAUGUCACACAAGGCUACACCUGCAACGAAGGGUAAGAAGCGAUUAUCGGACGUUCCAGAAGCGACUCCGCCAAGGUCACAGAGAAGUUCGCAACGCUCACGUACAAGUCCAAAUUCCGAGCCAUAUGAUGGUCCCGACCCACGAGUGGCGUUCAGUAACUCAGCUCUCACAGAGACCAGUACAGCAGUGAAAUUUCUCAAGAAGAACGGGGGCACCUUUGUUGAUUCCAUCAAGGGAAAACACAACUACAACAUUCUGUGUGUGAAAGACGGGGCACUCAACAAAACAAUGAAGCUCCUCCAGUCACUUGCUCUUGGUAUCCCCAUCGUAACCGACAAAUGGCUGCUUGAGUCCGCAAGAGCCACCCAUUUCCUCGCGCUGUCCGAUUACCAACCCCUGGUCCCCGAACAAGAGCGGGAAGGGAACUUUGAGCUCGGCAAAGUCUGGUGCAAACCGCAAUCCACUUUUAAAGGUUACACCGUCUACUUCACCCCUAGUCUCAGAAGCACACACCCUGCUUUUGCCGAGCUCGAACAAGUAUGCAAGUCCGUGGGUGCAAAAGUCACAAAGAAGAUUGGCAAGGGUGAGCAGCUCAUCGUGCUCGGGACAGAUGAACAUGACAAGGAGGCGGAGGCACUGAUGGGUGAGGGCGUGGUUUGCUACAACAAGGACCUACUCACCAACACCAUUCUUCGAGGCGAGCUUGACUUGAACAGUGAUGAGUUCAAGAUCAAGACUAAGGCUGCUUCGGCAGGUACGGGCAAAGCUGCGAAGAGCAAGCGGACACGCCACAGUACAAGUUAGGCUGGACUGGGGUAGCUGUCGGCAGGUGUGAAGAUUUCGGACGUUUUUCGACGUGGCUCACGGCGCGCAUGUUUUUACACGAUCUGGGAGAACAAACUGUUUCAUAGCAUAGCAUAGCAUAGCAAGCGAGGUAUCCUGUCUGCAUACAGGCU